CACCACCAUGAGACUCUCACCAUCGUCAUGGACCGGGACUACUUUGGUGCUCUUCUUUGUCAUCCAAGGAGCAUCAAGAGCCUGCACAGUAAAGAAACUGGGCAGCAACCCGGGCAGAUUCGCCAACGCCACUUUGGUGCGCCUCUCUGAGUUUUUAAGCGCUGGCUACAAGAAGGGAGUGCGACCGGUGAAGGACUGGAGGACGUCCACCCUGGUGGCCAUCGACCUCAUGGUCUACUCCAUCCUCAACGUGGAUGAGAAGAACCAGGUCCUGACCACUUACGUCUGGUACAGACAGUCGUGGACGGAUGAAUUCCUGGUCUGGAAUCCGGAGGACUUUGAUGAGGUUAAGCAAGUUUCUCUACCGACUGCCAACGUGUGGGUGCCAGACAUCCUCAUCAAUGAGUUCGUCGACGUGGGGAAGUCUCCCGACAUACCGUACGUCUACGUGACUCACACCGGCCUGGUGCGCAACUACAAACCCAUCCAGGUGGUCACCGCCUGCACGCUCAACAUCUACAACUUCCCCUUCGACGUCCAGAAAUGCAGCCUGACCUUCCAGAGCUGGCUCCACACAAUUGACGACAUCAACAUCACGUUGAUGCGAAGCCCCGAGGAGCUGAGGGAGGACAAGAGCGUCUUCAUGAACCAAGGCGAGUGGGAGCUGCUGCACAUUCUGUCCAACUACAAGAUCUUCAGCGUGGACGACGACGACUACUAUGCCGAGAUGAAGUUCCACGUGGUGAUCCGUCGACGGCCGUUAUUCUACACGGUCAACUUGCUGCUGCCCAGCAUCUUCCUGAUGGUGAUGGACAUCGUGGGGUUCUAUCUUCCACCUGACAGCGGCGAGAGGGUUUCCUUCAAGAUCACCUUACUUCUGGGAUACUCCGUCUUCCUCAUCAUCGUCUCCGACACUCUGCCUGCCACCGCCAUUGGAACCCCUCUGAUAGGUGUCUAUUUCGUGGUCUGCAUGGCCCUCCUGGUGAUCAGCCUGACGGAAACGGUGCUGAUUGUGCGUCUGGUCCACAAGCAAGACCUGCAGCCCCCGGUACCUCAGUGGCUAAAAUACCUGGUCCUGGAGAGAGCCCCGGCCCUCUUCUGCAUCCACAAGAAGAACCGGCUAUGCUCCAGAUUGUCCUCCCAGGCCUCAGACCUGGAUCAGUACAAGGAAAGCAACUAUGGCACUGCCCAGUGUACACUCCACCACACCUGCGAGAUCGGCCGGCGGCACGACAGAGAAGCGGGCCUCCUGGUCCGGGACCUUCCCCCCACCAGGGAAGCGUCCCCGCCCGUCCUGAGCAACAUCCUGCAGGAGGUGACGGCCAUACGCGGCUUCCUGGAGAAGCGGGACCGCGGCCGGGAGGUGGCUAAGGAGUGGCUGCAGGUGGGCUACGUGCUGGACGUGCUGCUCUUCAGGGUCUACCUGCUGGCCGUGGUGGCGUACAGCAUCACCCUGGGCACGCUGUGGUCGGUGUGGCAGGUGGCCUGA